AGCGAGUCCCGGAGGAAGGCGACCUCCCUCCCUCCUUCCUUCCCUCCCUCCGGCCUCCAGCCUCCGGCCUCGCCCUCCUCCGGGCGCGGCGCGGCACGGGGACCCGGCCGCAUCCCCCGCUCCCCACGCCCCGGCGCCGAGGACUCCUGCGCGCAGCCAUGAGCGGCGGCGGCGUCGGGGAGCCCGGCGGGGGCGGCUCGGGGCCCCGGGCGGAGCCGCCGCCUCGGGGGCCGCCGCUGCCCGCGCUGCGCUGGGAGCAGAUCCGCCCGCACCACCUGCCCGGCGACCAGUGGCUGGUGCUCGAGCGCCGCGUCUACGACAUCAGCCGCUGGGCGCAGCGGCACCCGGGGGGCAGCCGCCUCAUCGGCCACCACGGCGCCGAGGACGCCACGGAUGCCUUCUAUGCCUUCCAUCAAGAUCUCCACUUUGUGCGCAAGUUCCUGAAGCCCCUGCUGAUCGGAGAACUGGCACCGGAAGAGCCUAGCCAGGAUGGACCUCAGAAUACCCAGCUGAUCAAGGACUUCCGAACUCUGCGCCGUACAGCUGAGGACAUGAAACUCUUUGAGGCGGAUCCUGUCUUCUUCGCCCUCCUGCUGGGCCACAUCCUGACCAUGGAAGUGCUGGCCUGGCUCCUCAUCUACCUCCUGGGCCCCGGCUGGGUGUCUAGCACCUUCGCUGCCCUCAUCCUGGCUCUCUCCCAGGCCCAGAGCUGGUGUCUGCAGCACGACCUGGGCCAUGCCUCCAUCUUCAGGAAGUCCCGCUGGAACCAGUUGGCCCAGCAGUUUGUGAUGGGGCAGCUGAAGGGCUUCUCCGCUCACUGGUGGAAUUUCCGCCACUUCCAGCACCACGCCAAACCCAACAUCUUGAACAAAGACCCCGAUGUGACCCUGGCGCCUGUCUUCCUCAUGGGGGAGUCAUCUGUGGAGUAUGGCAAGAAGAAACGCAGAUACCUACCCUACAACCACCAGCACCUGUACUUCUUCCUGAUUGGCCCCCCUCUGCUCACCCUGGUGAAUUUCGAAGUGGAAAACCUGGCAUACAUGCUGGUGUGCAUGCAGUGGACGGACCUGCUCUGGGCCACCAGCUUCUAUUCUCGUUUCUUCCUGACCUACGUCCCUUUCUACGGCGUCCCCGGGGCGCUGCUUCUCUAUGUGGCUGUCAGGGUGCUGGAAAGCCACUGGUUCGUGUGGAUCACGCAGAUGAACCACAUCCCCAAGGAGAUCGGCCACGAGAAGCACCAGGACUGGGCCAGCUCCCAGCUGGCGGCCACCUGCAACGUGGAGCCCUCGCUCUUCAUUGACUGGUUCAGCGGGCACCUCAACUACCAGAUUGAGCACCACCUCUUCCCCACCAUGCCGAGGCACAACUACCACAAAGUGGCCCCGCUGAUCAAGUCUCUGUGUGCCAAGCAUGGCCUGCACUAUGAGGUGAAGCCCUUCUUCACGGCCCUGGCGGACAUCAUCAGGUCCCUGAAGAAGUCUGGAGAUGUCUGGUUGGAUGCCUAUCUCCACCAGUGAAGGCAGUACUCACCCAGGUGGAGAAGGGGGAAAGGGACCUGAGCCCCAGGACCAUCAAGCCCCUCCAGGCAGACUUGCCGGCACCAGCCCCACCCUCUCCUGUCCCCCCCACCCCCAUAGCCUUGGCUUUGGGGUGGCCACGGGGCCAGGGGUGGAGGGGGGCGGGGCGCGCAAGGCCCUUCUGUCAAGGACAGCAUGUUUUCCUAGAUCCAGAAUUGGGGAAACCUGAUAUUUUUAUAUAAAAGUCAACUCUCUAUAUUA